AAAGACUUUGGAAAGCAGCUUCUGCGAGUGAAGGUGGUCGACUGCAGCACAGAGGAGUCUCGGCUUUCCCGAUGCCUCAACACCUUUGACCUGGUGGCCCUGGGAGUGGGCAGCACAUUGGGCGCUGGCGUCUAUGUGCUGGCUGGGGCCGUGGCGCGGGAAAACGCUGGUCCAGCUAUCGUCCUAUCUUUUCUGAUUGCAGCAUUAGCCUCAGUCAUGGCUGGACUGUGUUACGCUGAGUUCGGAGCGCGUGUUCCCAGGACGGGCUCCGCGUAUCUGUACAGCUACGUGACGGUGGGCGAGCUGUGGGCCUUCAUCACCGGCUGGAACCUCAUCCUGUCUUAUAUCAUAGGAACGUCCAGUGUUGCUCGGGCCUGGAGUGCAACCUUUGAUGAGCUUAUUGGGAAUCAUAUCGAGAAUUUCUGCAAGUUACACAUGAGGAUAAAGGCCCCUGGAAUUUUAGCGGAGUAUCCCGACAUGUUUGCUGUGCUCAUCAUCCUCAUACUGACAGCUUUGUUGGCGUUUGGGGUGAAGGAGUCCGCUAUGGUCAAUAAGGUGUUCACCUGCAUCAAUGUUCUGGUGCUGAUGUUCGUGGUGGUGUCAGGCCUGAUCAAGGGAACCCUCGAUAACUGGAACUUGGAUCCUAAGGAAAUCCUCAACCACACAUCCUUUGAGAAUAUGUCAGUGCUGCUGCCGUCUGAAGAGAGUUUGGGUGUUGGCGGCUUCAUGCCGUUCGGUUUCUCUGGAGUUCUGUCUGGUGCUGCCACAUGUUUCUACGCUUUCGUUGGGUUUGAUUGUAUCGCCACAACAGGUGAGGAGGUGAAGAAUCCUCAGAGGGCGAUACCUAUUGGCAUUGUGGCGUCCCUUCUCAUCUGUUUCGUCGCCUACUUUGGCGUAUCAGCCGCCCUCACGAUGAUGAUGCCGUACUACAUGCUGGAUAAGAACAGCCCUCUGCCCGUGGCCUUCAAAUAUGUGGGCUGGGAAGGGGCGACGUACGCAGUAGCCGUUGGUUCCCUUUGUGCUUUGUCCACCAGUCUGUUGGGCUCUAUGUUCCCAAUGCCCCGUGUGAUAUGGGCCAUGGCUGAAGACGGGCUGCUCUUCAAGUUCUUGGCCAACAUCAAUGAAAAAUCCAAAACGCCCAUAAUGGCCACUGUAACCUCAGGAAUAGUGGCAGCGGUGAUGGCUUUCCUGUUUGAUCUGAAAGAUCUGGUUGAUCUCAUGUCCAUUGGCACUCUGCUGGCUUACACACUAGUCGCGGCCUGUGUCUUAGUCUUGAGAUACCAGUCAGAGCAGCCCAGUGUGAAUGUCCAGUAUCAGAGAGCCAGCUGUCAGGAGGAAACUGAAGCCGAAUCCAUUAACGAGAGCAGUGCUGGUUUCCUGCCUGGAUCUCAAGAUCUCUGCACCCUCAGCAACCUUCUGUUCCCCAAAAAUGAGGAGCCGUCUCGUCUCUCUGGCUUCACCAUCAACAUCUGCACCAGUGUAUUAGGUGUUCUGGUGUGUGUGUUCUGUGUCGUGGCAGUUCAGGGUGGAUUUCAGCUCUGGGCUCUUGCGGUUCUUGCCACUCUGGCUGUGGUUUGUUUAAUCAUCACCAUUUUAAUAUGGCAGCAGCCUGAAAGCAAGACAAAACUGUCUUUUAAGGUUCCUCUGCUGCCGUUCCUCCCCGUCCUCAGCAUGUUCAUUAAUGUGUACCUGAUGAUGCAGCUGGACAGAGGCACCUGGAUGCGCUUCGCUAUUUGGAUGGCCAUAGGUUUUGUUAUUUAUUUUUGCUAUGGGAUCUGGCACAGCACAGAGGCGGCUUUGGCCAGUAAUGACACCGAAGGCAUCAACAGCUUCAAACCGACAGUGACAAACGAACCAGCCACACCUGAGAAAGAAGCUUUCUUGAGGAACGGUAUUAGUGCCAGAGCAGAGGAGAGCAGUGACCCUUGAGGAAACACUUGAAAUACUGUCAAUACCAAUGUAUGUGACUUACGACAACUGAAACGUCCAAACCAAGAGCUGCUAUUGACAUUCAAGACAGUGUCCUUUGUGUUACUGUAGGUCCCGAGAAAGUUUAAGCAGCAUUACAACAUGUGACGAUUAUUUACCAGAUGAAUUGCCUGUUAUUCAUGUAGAACAUGAAAGACAGAAUUAAUGAUUAUAAUGUGUACGUAAGGAUGUACACUGCACUAUUAGAACAGUCUGUUCUUCUGAUGUUUAAUUGGUUUGUUUUUAUCUAUUUAUAUUUGUAGCGUGUUGCUGUCAUGCUUUCUAAAAAUUAUUUUUGAGCAAAACACGUUGCAUUGUUACCCAUAAUUCUCUUUGUGGUGUGCGUUUUGGAUGUUGGAUUCAAGGGAUGCACUGAUUUACUGAUGUCCAGUUAUUCAGAAAGACAUCUGCUACCUUGCAUAAACACUGACGAUUACACCGCUUCAGAAGAAAUAUUAAUUUUGCUUUCUCUGACGUUUCAAAUAUUUAUUUAGCUAAUUCAAUUUUCUCAAUAUGAGAAGGUUUUUCAUGCUGCAAAUCGCAGCUCUGCUGUUAAGUCAGAGACUUUUAUUUAAUUUUAUUUUUUUGACAGGUUUUUAACUGUCCGGUGCCUUUUCUCACCCGUUUUGAUUGACAGUGCUAAUGUCUCCUUGUACUGACAAUGACUUUUAGUGGCCACCGGUGCCACUUGUCAGACUUUGAGGCAGUUGCCAAACCAUUGGGAUAGGAACAUCUCUGUUCAAAGGGGAUUGUAAUGCUUGUUUGUUUGGUCAAUUUCCCUUUCAUUCAGCUGUUGUGUGCAUGUUGAUUCUCUGUUAGCCGUUUUACUCUUGCAUCUGGUGUUGGGCUACAAAAUGUUGUACAUUAUUCUUGGAUUUUUGUGCAUUGUACUUUUAUUGUCCCUAUUUUUGUCUGUUGAUUUUGUAUAUAAGCAAAGAAAAAAAAAAGCCAAAGAAUUUGAUUGUUUUGACUAUGGAUAACCGAUCUACCAUAAACUGCAUUAUCUUGUUGUCCUUUUGCAUAAACCAAACUGAUUUUGUGUCAGCACAUUUUCUGCAGUGUAUUUUUAAUUAGUUCAAAAUAUGAAUGCGGUUGUUCAUGUCAAAACAUUCUAAGGGAACUGUUUGUAUAUAUAUGUACUGUAAAUAUUUGCUGGUUUUCUUGCAAUAAAUUAUUUUCUUGUUUGUAAA